AUGGAAGAAGGAGGGAAAAGCCAACACUGUGUGAUGGAUGAAUCCCAAGACGGUACGAGCAUUUGGUUUACGGAAUGCGACCCAGCGAUAAAACCAGUUGUCGAUCAAGUGUUUGAUACGUUGGAAGAUGGCAUCGCGUACUACAAGACAUAUGCAUCCGUAACUGGGUUUGAUGUGCGCAAGAGUUCCGACAUUAAGAACAGGUAUGGGAUCAUCCUCAAGAAGAAACUAGUUUGCAAUCGUGAAGGGUAUAAGGAUGCAAAACCAAACACCACAACAGACCAAAAUAACACCACACAAACAAAACGACGACGCCCGUCUAACAGAGUUGGGUGCAUGGCGAAAAUAGUUUUCAGAAGAAACAGUACAGGACGGUACGUGGUCAAGAAGUUUGAAGAGGGGCACGCCCACUGUUUGUGCGAGGAGAGUUACAAACCUUUCCUGAAAGGGAACAGAAAAGUGGAUAUUGGACACCAACAAUUCAUCGUGAACUGCUCAAAAGUCAAUAUUGGGGCUAGUAAAAGUCAUGACCUGUACGCCGAGAUGGUGGGAGGAGUUGAAAACGUGGGAGCGACACAACAGGACUUCAAGAACUAUAGAAGGGAGAUUUUGGCAUACAUGCAAGGAGGAGAUGCGCAAAUGGUAAUAUCCAAAUACCUCGAUCUCAAAUCGGACUAUGACGAUAUGUAUUUCGAAUACGAGGCAAACGAGAAUGACCAGCUGGCACGUGUUUUUUGGGCAGACGGUAUGGCAAGAAAGCAGUAUAGUGUUUUCGGAGAUGUUGUGUCAUUUGAUGCUACGUACAAAACUAACAGGUACAAUCUCGUGUUCGUCCCAUUCACCGGCAUAGACCACCAUAAAAGAUGCGUAACAUUCGCAGCAGCACUGAUUGCCCGUGAGGAUGUCGACUCGUACCGUUGGAUACUAAAGAACUUUAGAAACGCAAUGGGAAGCACACCACCACUCACAAUAACCGACCAAGACCCGGCGAUGAAGGUUGCUAUUGCACAAGAAUUCCCAGAAACCCGCCACCGUUACUGUAUGUGGCAUAUAAUGUCGAAGGUCACCGAUAAACUUGACUACCCCCAAACUUGA